UUUUGAGUUUCAGUUUCCCUGUUGGGAGCCCGGGUCUCUUUCCCAGAGGACGCCUCUAUUCAUUACUCAGACCGCAACUUCCAACAGGAUCUGCACAGCUCAGCAAGGCUACGGACCUUAAGAGAAGAGAGAAGAAGACCACACAGAUGGGUCACAAAGCUCCGAUGGGCCCAGCUCAAGCAGAAUGAGACACGACCAGAAGACUGUGAUUAGAGGAAGUAGAGUGUAGUCUUCAAAUCAUGGGAUUUGGACCUGAGAGUACUGAGUUCAAGUCCUGGCCCCUGCACUUCUGUGAAAACUUGGACGCGUUACCUGACCUUCCUGAUGGUUCCCACAGCUUUAAAACGAGCCAUAGGGGCUGGGGAUUUGGCUCAGCGGCAAAGUGACUGCCUGGCAAGCGCAAGCCUGGACACCCUGGUGAGCUGUAAGGAAAACUCUCAGAGACCCCCGUGCGGACAUCAUGGCUACUGCUGGUAAUAAGUCUGGUGCCCCCUCUCCAGCAGACAGUGACAUCUUCGUAGAGGUCAUUGCUGAGCAUAUCCUGCACACACUGAGCACUGAGGACCUGCAGCAACUGCUGACUGAACAUGUCACCUGGAAGAUAUUGAUGGAGAAGACUGAUUUGACCAGGGAGGAGGCAGAUACUGUGUGUGAGGCUCUGAUUGAGAAGCUCCUUCAGGCCAGGAAGAGGUUCUUGAACGAAUUUUCUCUCAUGAAAAAGGAGCUGGAGGAGAGCAUAGCCAAGCUCUAUGCCCUCGCAGAGAAGGUUGACAAGGUGCACAAAGACUGCACCAUCACCAACGUGGUGGCCGGUUCUGGUGGUGCUCUCUCUGGCAUCUUCACCAUCCUCGGCUUUCUUCUGGCACCUGUCACAGCAGGUGGCAGUCUGCUGCUGUCGGCGGCUGGGAUGGGACUGGGAGCAGCCGCUGCUGUGACUGGUGUUACUGCCUCCAUUGUGGAUGAAGGAAACAAGUGGUCAGCCCAAGCUGAAGCCAGCCAUGUGCUGUCAACCAGCAUGGACGCACAGAAGGACAUUCUACAAGCUGUGGUUAAGGAAGGGGUCAGAGUUGGUUUUGUAGCCAAGCAGUGUAAGAAAGCCAUCAAAGGCACUGAUAAAAUCAUCCAUGCCAUUAAGGAGGCCAGGUCCAACCCUGCAUUACUAGCUAAUGCCAAACGCCUCAUGAGAACUGGGAAACUCUCAGUCAAAAGUGUUGAGCAGGUACAGAAAAGCCUUGGAGGCACUGUUAUGACAAUGACCAAAAGUGCCAGGAUCAGGGGUGGAGCAGUGAGUGGUGUCUUCUUUCUGUGGGAUGUGUACAACAUUGUGCAAGACUCGCUGCAUUUGAACGAGGGGGCAAAGACAGAAUCAGCUGCAGAGAUGAGGCAGCAGGCUCAGCAUCUGGAGAGGAAGCUGGAGGAGCUCAUCCAGAUCCAUGAGCGUUUGCAGUUGGACCUGACUAAGUGACAGAGGCCCCAAGCAGCACAGAGCUCAGGGCUCAGGUGCAUUUCAAGCACAUGCACAAAGCCAGGAAGUGCUGCAGAGGGGAAAAGAGGGUGAGAUCAAGUCUAUGCAACUGGGUGUUCAGGAACUGUGCAUUUCUGUGGCUGAGCCCAAGCAGGGAGGGGCUAACGCAGAUGAAGUGAAUUAAAGAGAAGGCAGGGCCCUGGGGUCUGACAUAAGGGAGAAGCAGUGACCAAAGAGGGUGGGAAAUAAGAGGAGAGAGUUCUUGUUGUCAUAAAGAUUCCCUGGUGACCUGGAUAGAAGCAGCUGAAGAAAGAAGCAGUGGGAAUUUCAGGCAAACAGAAGAGCAGAAGUUGGGAGUGGCACAGUUAGAACUGUUUGGAUAUGGGAUAGGCAACAGGACUCUGCUUCCCACCUUUUGCACAAUCUGACACCCAGCAACACCACAAUCUACCCUUCCUGGCUUGUGUUUCUUUCUUUCCAGUGUCAAUAAAUGCUUAUCUCAGUCAGGCAGUGAGUUUAUGAUGAUUAUGUUGCUGAUGACCGUGAUGAUGAUGGUGAUGGUGAUGGUGUUGAUAUUUGCGAUGUUGUUGGGGGUGCUACUGUGAUCAUGGUGCUGGUGAUGGUGAUGCAUAUGGGGUGUGGUGACAGUAGAGUUGGUGGAGCUCGUCACACCUGGCCAGCUCAGCAGAGUUGAGGAACACACCAGGAAGCUGGCAGUGUGUGGAGAAAAACCAGGGAGGCCUGAAGAGAAUCUGCCUCUCUGAAUCUCACUGUCCUCAUCCCUUGGGGAAGGGAUUGCUGGACAAGGGAUAUCUCAGAUGUGUCUCUCCUUCCUGUAUUCUAUUCUGCCAUGAGGCCAAAGAAAAAAACAUCCAGGAGUACAGAGUCUAGUCUUUAUUGGGAACCAAGAGACAGAAUCCUGGUCCAGGGCAGCAGCAAGCCCAGUGCAUUCCGCUACUUGGGGCAGAGGGAGGUGCUGACACAAUAGUCAGGACAGAAGUAACUUCACCCAAGACCGAAUACACCUUGUCUGACCUCAGCCAAACAACACACACGUGAGAAGAUACAUUCUGGCACCGAUAUUACUACGAUCUGAGAGUAAAGUCUCACAGGCCACUCUAACGGUUAUGUGUAGCUAUGGUAUGCUGGAAAAUUGUGGAGGGUAAAGAGGUAAGGGUUACUCAGGAGGAAUCACAUUCGUUACAUGUCAAGAUCCCUGUGGUUGGGUCAGGAUGGUCCCCAUAGUGACACAUGAGCCUUCGCUGCCCUGACUGACUGCCUCACCUGUGAACCCCUUCUCUGAUUUCCUUUUCUUGUGAACCUUCUCCCAAAAGGUCUCACAGUGUUAGCUAAAAGGCUGUUGACAUAGCUCAGGGUGAAGGCCCUGGGUUUAAUCUCACUAUGGAAAAAAUGAGUUGCCCUUAUCCUAAUUAUUCAUUUUACGUGAUCUUGAAAUAAUAAACACUAUGACCUUAUUCAUUUUAA